UUUGAUUGGAAAUGUUUUUGUUGGAUGAGAAUGACUUGCUCAGGUAGUUAUUGAAUUGGUUGGUUUUUGCUUUUUAUCCUUUUGUUUUGAGGGAUAGUUGUUUUGGUUUCAGAGCUUAUGAGUGUUCGAUGAAAUGCCUAAAUCACUCGAGAAUUUUUGGUUGAAAGAUUUCAUUGGGGGCCGAUGAGCGAAUUUCUUCCCCAUUUUUUGGCAUUGAUAAAAGAUUAUGCAGUUAUAACCGUAAUUAUUUGGGCUUGCAAAGCAGAAUGACAAAUGAUUGUUUGUAAACUUUUCUAUAGUGAAUGGUUAGUUAGGUCUUCUUUUGCUUGUGUUUAUUCGGUGCUGGCAUUUUCAUGAAUUCUUAAAUAUUGGUAAGAUAUAAAUAUGGUUUUUCUCAACAAAUAUGUUCAAUUAUGGAACUGCCUCAUUUAGUUGUUAAGAUAAGAAAACAUUUAAACUGUACUCUCUUUCUCCAACAGAUAUUUCACAACCCUUCUUCUACCGUUAAUUCUCUUUUCACUACUCAAUCAGAACUCUUUAUCUUCCUCUUGAGGGUAAAUAACAAGAAAUUCUAUUCUAUAAGAUUCUUUUACUGUUGGAUCAACACAACACACCCACAUGUGAUGUGUUGUGAUCUAACAGUGAAAAUUACCCGGUGAGGGCUGCCCUGACUGUACAAUGGAAUUUACCAUAAAUAACUACGACAUGUUUUUUUACUUUUGGCAAAUUAUUAUGCAAAUGUAGUUGCAGAUAUCCUCAAUGAGGAAAUUACGUAAUCAUUGCCAUGUCAAUUGACCACAACGAUCAAGUGCCAAUUGGCCUUGGUUUCAGAGUUCCACAUUAUCACAAAAAAUAUUAAAUAAAAAAUAAAUGAAAAAUAGAAAUAAAAAAUAAAUAAAUAAAAAUGAAACAUGGGUGUCAAAAAUAUAUCCUAAUAAUACCAUAACCAAACAAUAUACUGUCCAUAUAUAAUUCCCCUCAGACAACCUUUUUCUCACCCACCAAAACUCCAGGCAAACCACUCACUCAUGUAAAGUGAGUUUAGAGUAUGUGUGUUUGUGUGUGUUUGAAAAUUAGCACCAAAAUCUUCUGCUCAUCCUCCUUUCUUCAUCUUUUCUCCACUUAUCCAUAUCAUGUAAAAAUCACUCUAACAAAUUUCACCAGCAUUACAAAAACACAUCCAAAGGCAAACAAACAAGGAAUCAGAUUCUUGAAAAACCUGUAAUGGAAGAUGAAGUAUCUUCUGGAGGCCUACACAUUGUAUGCCAGUAUAGUAACAACGUCGCCACAUUCGGUUACUGGCUAAACCGAAACCCUUUGAAUUACACCGUUCCCCUUCUACUUCUGCAGCUUUCGGUAAUCAGUCUCGUUUCGAUGCUCAUCGAGAUCUGUCUUCACCCUCUCGGACAAUCUUCCAUCGUCUCACAAAUUCUCAGCGGCAUACUAUUCGGGCCAUCGGCACUCAGACACAAGAGCGUCAUGGGCCCGAUUCUUUUUCCGGCCCGUAGCAUCUUAACCCUCGAGACCGCCGCAGUCUUCGGAAUCAUGUUCUUCCUCUUCGCCAUCGGCAUCCGAAUGGACACCCGCAUGUUGGUCCGACCCGCCCGGCCCGCCGUCAUCCUCGGAUUCUUCGCCAUGUUCGUCUCCGCCCUUUUCACCGUCCCUUUCUCCCUCCUCUUAAAAACCUACGUCCGCAUGGACGCCAGCCUGGCGGCCGCCCUUCCGGCCAUCGCCGCCGGCCAGAGCAUGACCGCCUUCCCGAACGUGUCGUGCCUCCUGAUCGAGCUACGCAUGGCGAGCACUGACCUCGGCCAGAUCGCCAGCUCGACUGCCGUUCUGUGCGAUAUUAUCGGAAUCAUGAUGCUCGUGGUCAACGUCUCGAUCCUCCAUUCGAACUACGACCCGCGGAGAUCCGUGCUCUCGAUGUCGUCGGCCUUCUUAUUUAUACUGGCUAUGGCAUUAGUCGUGCGCCCGUUUAUCCACCGGGUCAUGAAACGGAUACCGCCGGGGAAGCCUCUAGGGGACACGCACGUGUUCUUCUGCUUCGCGGGCGUCCUCGCAGCCGGGUUCGCGACGGAGUUGAUCGGGCAGCAUUUUAUAUUGGGUCCGGUGAUGUUGGGGUUCGUGGUGCCCGACGGGCCUCCGUUAGGCGGGCCCAUGAUCUCGAAGCUAGACCUCAUGAUCGGGAAGUUCCUGUACCCGACGUUCCUGACGACGAGCGGGCUCAAGACCGACAUGUUCACGAUCAACGAGCGCUCCUUCUGGAUCAUGCUCGUCAUGAUAGUGUUCGCCUGCAUGGCGAAGAUCGGGUCCAUCGUGCUCGGGGCUCGGUUCCUCCUCGGGAUGUACAGCGGGGACGCGUUCGUGGUGGGGCUCAUGCUGAACGCGCGCGGGGUCAUCGAGCUCAUCAUGUACAACAUGUUGAGGGACGGCGGAGUUUUAACCGAUCAGGAGUUCGCGCUGAGCGUACUCUCGGUGAUCGGGGUCAUGGCCGUCAUCACCCCGCUCAUCAAGCUCCUGUACGACCCGUCGAGACGGGAAUGCGGGACCCACGGGUGGAUGCGCCGGACCAUCCAGCACACGAAGCACGGGAUGGAGCUUCGGAUUCUGGCGUGCAUAAAGGAGCAAGAGAGCGUGCCGUCGCUGGUCGCCCUCCUGGGGGCAUCUAACGCAACCAAAUACAAUCCGGUGGCCAUUAUCGCGUUAGUCCUCGAGGAGCUCGUGGGCCGGGCCACGCCGAUGCUCGUGGCCCACCAGCCGAUCAGGCCCGACGACGGGGCUGGGUCGGGCCGCGUGGUGAACGCCCUCCGCCAGCUGGAGGUUAGCAGGCAGGGGUAUUUGACAGUGCAGACGUUCGUGGCCGUGUCUCAUUUGGAUAUGGCCCACGACGAUAUAUGCCGGGUGGCGAGGGAGCAGGAGGCGGCGCUCGUCGUCUUACCGUUUCACAAGCGGUGGGAAAUCGACGGGUCGGUGGGGACGGUGAACAAGGCAGUGCAGAGCAUGAACGUGCGGGUUGUGGGCGGGGCUCCGUGCUCGGUGGCGAUUUUGGUUGACCGAGGGGCGGUGGUGCCAGCGGGGCGGGUUUACCGGGUGGCGGUGGUGUACAUUGGCGGGGCGGACGAUGCGGAGGCGCUGUGCGAGUGCCUGGAGUUGGGGGUGGUGGGGGAUUUGUUGUCGUCGGAGGAUUGGGGAGGGACGGCGUCGGUGCUGGUGGUGCAGCAGCAGAGGAUGAUGUGGGAGGGGAGGAGGAGGAUGGCGAGAAGAGCGGUGGUGAGGCCGGAAUGGGCGGGCCAGGAAGAUUGGAGUCCUCGCAUAAUUCCAACAUUCAGGGAUUUCUUCCCCAAAUCUCAGAGAAACCCACAAAUAAAAAACGCACAAUCCACCAUGUCCGCAGAGGAUCCUCUGAGAAUAGGCAUAAUUGGUUUUGGCCCAUUCGCUCAAUUCUUAGUAAAAACCAUGAUCAAGCAAGGGCACAUCAUAAACGCUACUUCGAGGUCCGAUUAUACAGAUCAUUGUGCUCAGUUGGGCAUCUCAUUUUUCAGGGACACGAAUAUGCUUCUUCAAUCAGACCACGAUGUAAUUCUGCUGUGCACAUCGAUAUUGUCUUUGUCGAAAGUGAUGAAAUCUCUGCCGUUGAAUUCUUUGAAGCAGCCUACACUUUUUGUCGAUGUGCUCUCCGUGAAGGAGUAUCCGAGAGAAGUUAUGCUGCAAGUAUUGCCGCGUGAUUCAGAUGUGUUAUGCACGCACCCAAUGUUCGGGCCAGAAAGUGGGAAAGACGGGUGGAAAGAUCUCAGUUUCAUGUAUGAUAAAGUUCGGAUAACAAACGAAUCUACGUGCUCUAGAUUCCUAAACAUUUUCGCAACUGAGGGUUGCAAAAUGCUGGAGAUGACUUGUGAACAGCACGAUAGAUUUGCCUCGAGAAGCCAAUUCCUCACUCACACAAUCGGGAGAAUCUUGGCUGAGAUGGAAAUCGAGCCAACACCUAUAGACACUAAGGGUUUCCAGAAGCUCAUUCAAGUGAAGGAAAGCACAUCCCGAGACAGUUUUGAUCUCUUUAGUGGCUUGUUUAUUCAUAACAGGUUCGCGAAAGAACAGCUUAUGAACCUGGAACUUGCACUUGGGAUGAUUAAGCAACAGCUGGUCAAACGGAUGAAUGAGGAGCUCUGCACCGAGCCAAAAUAAAUUUGUGGCCAAAAGUUACUGGUUUGAGUUCAGCAUAUGAAUAUGUGCUCAUUAUCUGUGGCUCUUGGUUUCUUUGCAAUAACAUCUGUGCAAUUGUUUAUGAAACAGGUAUAUGGACCUGGAAUAAUGCCAUUAUGUUGUUUGUAACAUUAAAUUAGUAUCCUAAAAAUUAGUGAAGAUUCAUGUUGUUGGGAAAGUCUUUCAAAGUCUUGUUAUUAUUUUUGUGUAAUAUGUCU